AACUGCCCAGGCCUUUCUGUUAUAGACGCGCUCUAACUUGAACCCACGAGACACCCUCUGUUCCUUCUAACAUCGACACCAACAACAUGGACUACUCCUCGGAAGUAGCCGACGAUUUUCGAGAGGCGCUCAAAGACCUCAAAACAAACAGUAGGCCUGAAAUCAACACCCUCACGAUCAUUGCUAGGGAAAAUACAGAGCACGCCCAGGUCAUCGCAAGGGAGCUGGAGAACCACAUUCGUACAACCCAUCCUAGCUACAAGCUACCGGCACUGUAUGUACUCGAUUCGAUAGUAAAGAAUGUCGGCACGCCAUAUACUGUCUACUUCGGUCUCAACCUAUACCGAACAUUCAUGGACGCAUACAGCCUCACAGAUGCCGGCACACGCAAAGCAAUGGAGACCCUCCUUCGAACCUGGAAGUUACCAAUGCCCGACUCUGUCGAUUCUCGACCCGUCUUCUCCCAAGAAGUCACUCGCGAUAUUGAGAAUGCUUUGAUCAAACUUCGAACCGUUGCCGUUCAACAACAGGCGCACGCUCAGCAGCAGUCAAGCAGGCAUGGGCUUCCUCCCAAACCGCCUAUGCCGAACAAUGGAGGCUGGCCCAACACACCAACACCACCCCCUCAACAGCAGAGAAAUUUUCCUACGCCACCACCUCCCCAAGCAAAUGGAUAUCCGCCACCACCUCCCCAGCAGCAGACUACCUUUUCUCCACUUCCCCAGCAACAGUCUAGUUUCCCCACCCCUAACACGCAACAGACGGGCUUUCAAUUACCACCCAACUUCCCGCAAAUCCCUGGGUUCCAACUACCACCUAAUUUCAAUUUUGCCCAGUUCCAGCCUCCCCCUCCUCCAAUUCCGACCCCUCCCGUCCCUGCACCUGCACCUGCAUAUUCCCAACAGCCUCCACCUACAGUGAAUCUUGCUGCGCUUUUGGCGCAGCUACAGUCUGCUGCGACGCCAACGCCCGCACCAGCACUUGCUCCAACACCUACUCCAGCCCCCCAACCUCAGCAGAUAGCAGCAUCGGUUGAGUUGACUACUUCAUCCAUGAAGAUUCCUCGUCCUCAGUUGAUAAAUAAGCUGUAUGCCCCUAAUAUGUGCUUGACUUGCGGAAGGCGCUUUGAAAAUACCGUGGAGGGGAAGCAGAAGAAGUCAGAUCAUAUGGACUGGCAUUUCCGCGUCAAGAAUUCCUUAGCAUCGAGUCGGGGUGUCCAUCGUACGUGGUAUCUCACGGAGAAGGAAUGGAUAGUAUAUCGAGAGUUCGAUGAAGCCUUGAAUGAGACUCCAACUGAGGUGAAACCAGCAAGUGGAGCUGAUAAGAAACGCUAUGUCCCCGCACCGCCGGGUCUCACAUCAUGUCCCAUUUGUCUUGAUGAAUUUAAGCCUACAUGGAAUGCUGAAGCGAAUGAUUUUGUCUUCAUGGACGCCGUAGAGGUUAAUAAGAAGAUCUAUCAUGUGAGCUGCUGGGAAGAAGUCAAUGGCGGGCCUUAUAUUCCAACGCCAGGUACACCGAAUUCCACAGCUUCAACCAAACGAAAGGCCGAUGCGCAAGACUGGCACUCUGGAAAACGACCAAAUUGGGGCUGAUUUCUGCUGCUAUGCACAGCCGAGCAAGUUGAACCUCUAUCUUUUCGAUGCAUAGCGCGGCGUAUCAAGCCUUGGGAAUAUUUGCUUCGAGUUAUA